AUGCACAUUCACCACAAGCAUAGCACAAACAAAAUCACAUAUCAACAACCAUAAGCACAAUCAAACAACGACAUUCACUUCAUCAAAAUACUCAAGACUUGUAACUCUUGAAAGAACACGUAAGGCGUAGAAUUUACCCCCUUUACACUCACCUUGAAUCCAUCGAAUCCGACUCUGAUUCUGCUAUAAAAAUUUCCAUAUUUGCUCCCAAAAUAUUCUCCUUGCUUUCACGAUCACAUAGGCGCAGACGGUUCCUCGAUCGGACGUCAAUUAAUCGAGUUAUGACCAAAAUAAACAUUCAGUCAGUUUAAAAGUACCAGGUACCAAAACUGUAAUUUUCCAGUCAACACAGUUGACCACGAUCUCUUUGGAAGAAUUACACAUUUAAUCCUCUAACUUCUCGAAUCGCCAAGAAUGGUACCUGAACUAUCCGAUUGUGUCCCAAACUUUCGAGACUCGUAUCUCCCUCAUCCAACGUCCGAAUUCGAUUUCAUCGACACGGGGAUACUCCUGGGAUCGUCAGCUACGCAACCGUACCCCUUUCUUGAAGUAUGGUUGAGUUCGACCAUGUCGGGUUCGUCGUCGGAGUCAAUGAUGGUGAUGGCUCUACUCCUCGUGGCCUGCUGUCUCCAUCACGUCUGCCACACGAGAGACGGACAUGGAUGACGAUGGAGGCGAGUCCAGGAAACGGUGGCGUGAGGCUGCUGCUGAGUUUGCCGAUCGGGGAGGAGCGGAUUCGGUGCUGCCGCUGCUGCUCUUCUCCACUUCCGUUGCUGGGCGGUGAUGAUGGAAGGCGAAGAAGAAAGAGCUGAGAGACUCUGUCGCCGCUCUCAACGAAGCACUUCCUUCUGAUCCUUCCAAUUCCGAACUUCGCUCCUUUUAGGAGGAGAUGGUGCGGUUGAUCAAAGAUGCGGAGGAUGGGCUGAACUUACGGCUGAGAAAAAGAAAGAGAGAGAGAGAGAGAGCAAGGAACUGGGAGCGACAAAAGCAGCAGAGCUCGCAAACCGCAAUUGAUUCUUUCUUUUUUUUCGGUUCGGCUGCUUAUCUGUUAAAUCCUUUGGAUUUACGGAAUUCCAAUUGGGGAAUUGGAUGCCGAAAACUCUGAAGAUAGAAGAAGACGAAGAAAUCAUAGCUAGCUUUGCAGGAUUUUCUUGAUUCUGUUUGCUCGAGAAUAAAGGUCGAUUUGCCUU